CGCGGUGGAGGAUGAUGCUGACGAUGACUACGCGGCCUGAGCGCGCGGAGACACGCUCCUCCCGCCAGACUGAGGGUGGCCUAAGAGAGAGAGAAGCGGGGCCAAUCCGGAAAGAGCGGGGCCCGCAGGUGAUUGGCUGCGGAAAGCAGGAAGUGGGACCUCGAGAAAAGGCGGAGGAAGUGGCAGGCUGGAGCUUUUUGGUGUUGGAUGGGAGAGGAAGGCGGAGCUACUCAGUCCCCGGUCGUGGAGAGAUGAGCGGUCCUGGGCUUCAGAAAGAAAUGAAUAAAGAAUUGUUGUGGUCAGUAUUUCAGUAAACGAGGAGCCUUUUUGACUUCAAAUAUGACGACAACCCUUUCAGUGCUGCAGGAGGAAUUAGCAUCUGUUAACAGUGAACUGCAGGUGCUGGAGAUCCAGGUACAAGAACUUCUUGAACGUCAACAGGAGCUUAUUCAGAAGAAGACGGUGCUAAAAAAGAAAAUAAAACAGUUUUCUGACACUGAGAGUGGGAGCAGCAAAGAGACUGAAUCAGCAGCUGAAGACUGGAACAAGGAAGAUUUUUCUUGGUCCACAAAUGUCAGAGAUGUGUUGCAAAAUAACUUUAAGCUCCAAAAAUUUAGGCCUUUGCAAUUGGAAACAAUCAACGUUACAAUGGCUGGAAGGGACGUGUUCCUUGUCAUGCCUACUGGUGGUGGGAAAAGUCUGUGUUACCAGCUGCCAGCAGUAUGUGCUGAUGGCUUCACGCUUGUGAUCUGUCCCCUGAUCUCACUAAUGGAGGAUCAGCUAAUGAUGCUGGACCAGCUGGGAGUUUCUGCAACUUUACUAAACGCCUCAAGCAGCAAGGAACAUGUGAAGUGGGUUCAUGCUGAAAUGCUGUCUCACAGUUCGCAGCUGAAGCUCAUUUAUGUGACCCCGGAGAAGAUUGCGAAAAGCAAGAUGUUUAUGUCAAGGCUGGAAAAGGCUUAUCAAGCAGGAAGGCUUGCACGUAUUGCGGUGGAUGAGGUCCAUUGCUGCAGUCAGUGGGGGCACGACUUCAGGCCUGAUUACAAGUUGCUUGGUAUCUUAAAGCGGCAAUUUCCCAGUGCGCCAUUGAUUGGCUUGACAGCGACUGCGACAAGCCAUGUUCUGCACGAUGCUCAGAAAAUUCUUUGUGUUCAGAAGUGCAUCACCUUCACAGCAUCAUUUAACCGGCCCAACCUGUAUUAUGAGGUUCGACAAAAACCAUCAGCUGCUCAGAAUUUCAUUGAGGAUGUUGUUAAACUCAUCAAUGGAAGAUACAAAGGCCUUUCAGGGAUUAUCUACUGCUUUUCCCAGAAGGAUGCUGAACAGGUUACUAUGAGUUUACAGAAACUGGGGAUUAAAGCAGGCAGCUACCAUGCAAACAUGGAACCCAAAGAUAAGAGCAAAGUUCACAAGCGGUGGUCUACCAAUGACAUUCAGGUUGUAGUGGCCACUGUUGCCUUCGGCAUGGGAAUUGAUAAACCAGAUGUGAGGUUUGUAAUUCACCAUUCAAUGAGCAAAUCCAUGGAGAACUAUUACCAAGAGAGUGGGCGUGCAGGUCGGGAUGACCAGAAAGCUGACUGCAUCUUAUAUUAUGGCUUUGGGGACAUUUUCAGAAUCAGCUCAAUGGUGGUGAUGGAAAAUGUAGGGCAACAGAAAUUGUAUGACAUAGUUUCCUAUUGCCACAACAUGAGCAGGUGUCGUCGAGUCCUGAUAGCGCACCACUUUGAUGAGGCAUGGGACUCUGCCAACUGUAACAAAAUGUGUGAUAAUUGCUGCCGAGAGGAAACAUUUGAGACGAUGGAUGUGACGGGGCACUGCAGGGAUCUUGUCAAGAUUUUAACACAAGUGGACCAAAUGAAAGAGAAGUUUACUCCUCUGAAACUGAUUGAUGCCUGGCUAGGGAAGGGUUUGUCAAAACUGGGAGUAGAUGUUGUUCCUUCCAAGCUUCCACGUGAUGCUCUGGAGAGAAUUGUUGCCCAUUUGAUACUACAGCAGUACCUGAAGGAAGACUUCAGUUUUACAGCAUUUGCAACAAUAUCCUAUGUGAAGAUAGGACCUAGAGCUGUUCUUCUGAAAAAUAAGGCACAUGUUAUCACAGUGCCAAGGAUACUAAGCAAAAACAGUAUUGCUAAUAAGCAGGUCAAAUCUCCUCCAUUAUCCAGUCCAGGAAGCUCUGUAGGAAAGAAAAUGGAUGUUGUGCGUAAAAAACAGGUAAGCGAACAUAAACGGCCACGUUCUGAAAACCGCAUCCAAGCAAAAAAGAUUAAAAUUGAAGAAGAGGAAGAUGAGCUGGUGUUAAUGGACGAUUAGGAAGAUGGAUUCCUAGACAUCUUGUACUACUUAUAAUUUGUCAGUAUAAAGGACGGUCCAAAGUGCAGUUUUUUUACUUCCCAACUCCAUAAUAAAUUGGGGCUACAAGAAAUGCCACAAAAACAAGAGCACUACAGGGAGAAGUGAUUAAAGAAACAACAAGUCAACCACGUAUGUAGGUAGUAGCUGAAAAGAGUCAUUUUUGGCAGAGGACGCAUUUUGGAUUUUUCUUAAUUUUCAUAUGUACGAUAUAGGAUAAUAGAACAUGCGGUGAGGGAUUGAAAAUAUGGUGAGACAUAAGACACUUACAUAACCUCUGCCUGGACAGUGCUGGUUGCCAGAUGAAACUACAUAGCCUCCAUCUGAAAAGAACUGUGACUUUUUUACUUAUUACCUACUUAAAAUGCAAUCUGCUCCAAUGAAGAUACCCAGAAGUACAGGCCAAAGCUUGACUUUUCCCCUCACCUUCCUUGGCAUAAACUUUCUUGUAAAGACAACUUUAUCUAUGGUUUUAUACUUGACACAGUUGUAAGAUUUGGUUCUGUAUUUUUAAUGAAUAAAAUGUUACGUCAAAAAAAAAUGCACAUCAAGCAUAU